UAAGGAUAUUUAUAUUCCUACCGCUAGGAAUGAAGCUUACUUAUGUGCUCCUAUGAACUUUGGACAUUUGCACAUUGCAGUUCUGUUUCGUUGUUAAACAUUUUUCAAUCUGGACGAUUUGCCGAAAAGCCUUGGAUAUGCUUAAACGGAAUUACGAGAAUCCCUUCCCUCCAAUCUGAAGGCAGAAACAAAUAGGGUUUUAUUUUCUUUGGAUGAACUCUUCUCUUUCCUUAUGAAGAAGGCAAAAAUUUGGAUAACUGCUUUUAUAUGCUAUUUAUUUUUGUGUAUCACCUUUGUGGAACGUGCAUGUGGAUUGGGAAGUCCUAUAACCGAUGAUGUUAACGUAAUUCCCUUAUUGAAACAGAAUAUACCAAAGGAUUACAAGAUUCAUGUACGCUAUAUCCCUCGUCCUGAAGCAGUGAAUGACAUGUGUUGGGUGCAACUUAAUAUUUAUUAUCUGGAGAAAAGUUUAAGCAAUCUCACUAAGCAGUUUGGCAACAUAUCUUCCAACAAAGAAAAUAUCUCACUUCUUACUCACAUGAUGCAGAAUAUGCGUUUGGAAUAUACCGACAAAGUAUUUCUGGAAUUUAAAAUGAGAGAAUUUGAUUGUCAUUACAAAGAGGACAAAUUGUUGACAGAAAACUAUUUUGACUAUGUAACAGACAUUUUUGAUACAUAUAGACAACAUGAAAAUGAACAUUUGUCUGACACCUGUGAUAGUCCUCCCUGCCCUACAACCACAAGAGAACCAACUACAGUAACAACAGGAUCUACAAUAAUAACUGGAACAAUAAGAACAACAGCCUGCACAGCUGCAGCUAAUUGCACUCCAGAUAAACAAACAUCCGAUGAAUCAGGAGUCAAAGACAAGAUGCAGUUCCUUUACUUACUUAUUACUAUUCCAUUAUGUGGUCUUGUACUUCUGGCCAUGUGGAAGGUAAGAAGCAGAAGAAGAAGGAGUUUUCCAGGAAAUAUAUCAAAUGGUAGACUACAAAGGGAAGAGGAGGUGGACAGCACAUCUGAAGAAAUAGAAAAACUGAAGACCAUUCAGGUGUAAUACUUAUAAUCUUGUUCAGCUGUGAUUGCAGGUUUUAUGCAGCUGUUCUUGCAAAGCUGUUCAUUUGGACACAUUUCUAAAUCUUCUUGAAGUGAAGGACAAAUGUUGGCUUCUUGUGUUCUCCAAGAUUAACAUGAACCCUCAAGAUGGUGAAGCUACGCUUGAGAUGACUGUUCUUUCCCAGGAGCACUGCCAAAACAGAGACCAAAGUCUGUUUUUUUCAUGAACAGAAACAUUAACCUGAGAGUGACAGAUUAAAGGAUUUACCUGCCUUCCCUGGUACGUUAUCUGCAAACCCAGAGUGUGACACCAGCUGUACUCAUCUAUGCAUCUGCUCUGCCUUAAACAUACCGAUUAAUGUGCAGGUGAGGAUUUUCAAACAGGACUGCAUUAUUCCGAAAAACACUGAAACACGAAAAGGAUGUAAUCUGCUGAUUCAAUAUGGUUUAAAGGAAGUUUUAUCAAAGAGAAUAUGUGUAUUUUUGUAUUUUUAUUGGAUGAAUGCUUGGCAGAGUUUGUGAGAAAUGUUAACCAGCAAAAACUGCCAAGAUCAAUAUAAUUUGCACUUUUAAGUUUACAUGGUGUUGGGACUAUUUUCUCACCCCCCCAUUUAUCCCCCCUCCAUUUGGAUAAACUCACCCACAAAUGAUCACUACCUCCAUUGAUGGAUCUUUUUUUUCUGAUUUUGACAAAACUUGUGUUAAUGGCAAACUGAUGAACAGAGAUAAUCACUCCUAAGAUAUUAUGAGGUUCAUACUCACAUUGCGAUAGUUGUUUUUUUAUCCUCAUGUAAUUUUGAAUUCAUACUAACAUAGCACAGCACAAAUACUGUUGCAACAGUGGUGAUCAGAAUACAUGUACUACAGUAAAAUAUUUAUGGAGAAAUAUAGCUAUCUGUGUUUUUGAGACCGUAGCAAUCAUUGUAUACAUUGUUUAUAUGAAAAAAUUCAGUUAACAAUACCCAGACAAACCUGUUUUUUUCCCAUUAGAUGCAAAUAUGAAAAUUUAGAACUUUUUCACUUCCUUUUUGAAAAUAAGUGGGAAAACAUGGAUGAAGUAACCAUAGCAUAAAGGAACGAAACAAAGUAUGCAGUAGGUAAAUGAUAGUAUUUAACACUACCUUCUUUAAAUAUUCUGAUUUUUGUCUCUAUUCAUUGUGAAGCUUGUAUAAAAAUUGAUUGCCUAGCCAAAUUCAUUGUAGUCCUUGCAAGAAGCACCAAGGCAAAGUUAGGAAUUACGUUAGGGCUGCUAUGAAAGCUUCAUCUGUAAAUUACAGUUCCUUUAUACAUAUACAGUAAGUGAAGCUAAUAGAAGUAAUACUGCUUUCCAAGCCUAAAUUUCUUAAAUAUGAAUAAUAUCCUACUGUCAUCAAGCUUACCCUUGUUAUUUAUUUUAAUAUGUUCCCUAUAAUAAGUACCUUUAUUACUUAUUAUAGUAAUAAAGGAGCAGAGCGGUGGCUCUGUGGCUAAGGAUCUGCGCCUGUGGCUGGAAGGUUGCUGGUUAAAAGUCCGCAGCCGGC